GCCGUGGCAAGGCCAAGCGCAGGCAGGGCGACGCCGGCCAGGACGCCAACGGCGACGGCGCAGAGGCGGUCGCUGGCAGAGGCCGCGGCAAAGGCCGUGGCAAGGCCAAGCGCGUGCAGGGCGACGCCGCCGAGAAGGACGCCGACGGCGCAGAGGCGGCUGCUGGCAAGAGCCGCGGCAAGGGCCGUGGCAAGGCCAAGCGCGCGCAGGGCGAAGCCGAGGACGCCGACGGCGACGGCGAGGCGGUCGCUGGCAAGGACAACGAGGAGAAGCCGAUCACCAUGGAACAGGUGAAUGAGCAGAUCAAGGAGGCCCGCGCCUUGUGCCGCAGCUACGGGCACUACAAG